AUGUCUGAAAAGGAGGAAGCUAUCUUUCGUUCAGCAGAGAUGUCUCUGUUGCAAUUCUACAUUCCUCAAGAAAUUUCUCGUGAUGCAGUCUAUACCUUAGGUGAACUUGGUAUUGUUCAGUUUCGUGAUUUGAACUCUAAAGUUCGUAGUUUCCAACGUUCAUUUGUCAAUGAAAUCAGAAGACUUGACAACGUUCAAAGACAACACCGUUAUUUCUUUAAAUUAUUGCAAAAACACGGUGUACCUUUGUUCGAAGACCCAAAUUUGAUGUUCCAGGAUACUACUGAAACUGGCAGUGACGCUUCCAGCCAUGGUCCACAUCUACCUAUUAGUAGUUCUGUCAUUGAUGAUCAUGUUCAAAAUGGUACUUUACUUGAAGAAAGACUGAUUCAAAUUGAAAGUGCUGCAGACCAAAUUCAACUGAAGAGAGCGGACUUAGAACAAUACAGAGCUGUCCUACAAUCUGGUGAUGAAUUUUUCUCUACCCAGGACGCUGCUCAAACAUCUAUCGCUUCAUUAAGAAGAGAAAGUAUUAUCAGUGAAGGUAGAGGACCCGCUGAUGACAGUGCAAUUAGAACCCACGUUAAUUUUGUCACAGGUGUCAUUCCAAAGGAUAAAGUUAACACUUUGGAACAAAUCCUAUGGAGAACAUUAAGAGGUAAUUUAUAUUUCAAACACGUUGAAUUAACUACCCCAUUCUACGAUACCGUCACAAAGGAUUUUGUACAAAAGGAGGCGUUUAUUAUCUUCUCCCCAGGUGACUUGAUCAUUCAAAGAAUUAGAAAGAUCGCUGAAUCUCUAGAUGCUAAUUUGUACGACAUUGAUAAUAACGAACAUAUUAGAUCUCAACAAUUGAGUACAGUUAAUCAAAAUCUAGAUGAUUUAUACAAGGUUCUUGACACUACAAACAAGACUUUAGAGAGUGAAUUAUAUGCAAUUGGUAACGAAUUGAACCAAUGGUACCAAGACGUCUCAAAGGAAAAACUUAUUUUUGAAACGUUGAACAAAUUCAACUUUGACUCAAACAGAAAGACAUUGAUCGCCGAAGGUUGGGUCCCAACUGAUGAAAUUGAUUGUCUACAAGAUGCUUUAACUGAAAUGACUACCAGGUUAGGGAUCGACGUCCCAUCUAUUGUCCAAGCUCUGGAAACCAACAGAACUCCUCCAACUUUCCACAGAACAAACAAGUUUACUGCAGGGUUCCAAAGUAUCGUCGACUGUUAUGGUAUUGCUCAGUAUAGAGAAAUCAAUGCAGGUCUACCUACCAUUGUUACUUUCCCAUUCAUGUUUGCCAUUAUGUUCGGUGAUAUGGGUCACGGUUUCAUAAUGUUAUUAGCUGCAUUAGCACUUGUCUUAAAUGAAAAGAAAUUAAACAGAAUGAAGAGAGAUGAAAUUUUUGAUAUGGCUUUCACCGGUAGAUACAUUGUCUUACUGAUGGGUUUCUUCUCCAUGUACACUGGUUUCCUAUACAACGAUAUUUUCUCCAAAUCAAUGACUAUUUUCAAGUCAGGUUGGGAAUGGCCAGAACACUUCAAGAAAGGUGAAACCUUAUUUGCCAAGUCAGUUGGCACUUAUGCAUUUGGUUUAGAUUGGGCAUGGCACGGCACUGAGAAUGCAUUGUUAUUUUCUAAUUCAUACAAAAUGAAACUUUCUAUCUUAAUGGGUUUUAUUCACAUGACUUAUUCUUACAUGUUUUCUCUUGUCAAUCAUCUAUAUUUCGACUCCAUGAUUGAUAUUAUUGGUAAUUUCAUUCCAGGUUUAAUUUUCAUGCAAGGUAUCUUUGGUUACUUAUCUGUUUGUAUUGUUUACAAAUGGUCAAAGGAUUGGAUUAAGGACGGUAAAGCUGCUCCAGGUUUAUUAAACAUGCUAAUUAAUAUGUUUUUGGCUCCAGGUACCAUCGAUGAUGAAUUAUACCCACAUCAAGCCAAGGUUCAAGUUUUCUUAUUGAUUGCUGCAUUGAUCUGUAUCCCUUGGUUAUUAUUAGUUAAACCAUUGCAUUUCAAAUUUACUCAUAAGGCUGAAGGUACAAUUGCUUUACCAACAAGUGAUGAUGUUGAACACAAUGUCUCCACCACUGAAGAUAAUGGUGAUCGUGAAUUCAGUAAUGAGGAAGUUGAUGAAAUUUAUGAAGGUGAUGAUGAUGACGAAGGUACUGGUAAUCAUGGUGAAGAGUUCAGUGACAUUAUGAUUCAUCAAGUUAUCCAUACAAUUGAAUUCUGUUUGAAUUGUGUUUCCCAUACUGCAUCCUAUUUACGUUUAUGGGCUUUAUCCUUGGCUCAUGCUCAAUUAUCUACUGUUUUAUGGACUAUGACAAUCGAAAUUUCAUUUGGUAUGAAAGGUAUUGUUGGUGUAUUAAUGACAUUUUUCCUUUUUGCUAUGUGGUUUGUUUUAACAUGCUGUGUUCUUGUUGUCAUGGAAGGUACAUCAGCUAUGUUACAUUCUCUACGUCUACAUUGGGUUGAAUCUAUGUCUAAGUUUUUCGUUGGUGAUGGUAUUCCAUAUGAACCAUUUGUCUUUGGUUACAAUGAUAUGGAAACUGCUGUCGAAAAUAGUACUUCAAGCACUAGCGAUUAG